CAAUCAACCAAUCGGGUAGGCUUUCGUGACUUCCUUGUUUCGACUCAGUCCCGUUUAAUCACACAUGCAUCAUCGAUUUGAGGCUUCGCUGCGCCGGUAAGGAUUCUGUGCUCAAUCAUUUGACAAGUAAUGUCUGUUAUUUAAUUUCCCGCGAAACAAACGUGGUACCUCGCGCCUGAGACGUCGGAACAAGUGCUUAAACAAAGUAUUGAGGCUAACUGAUCUUCAGCCAAAAUGGGAAUACACGGGCUUGCCAAGCUGAUAGCCGAUCAUGCCCCUGGUGCUAUCAAGGAGCAAGACAUCAAAAACUAUUUUGGAAGGAAAAUUGCUAUAGACGCCUCCAUGUGCAUCUACCAGUUCCUGAUUGCAGUGAGACAGGACGGUAAUGUUCUGCAGAAUGAAGAUGGAGAGACUACAAGCCACCUGAUGGGAAUGUUCUACCGCACAAUCCGCAUGUUGGAGCAUGGUAUCAAGCCAGUGUAUGUAUUUGAUGGGAAGCCUCCACAGCUCAAGUCUGGAGAGCUUGAAAAGAGAGGGGAAAGAAGAGCUGAGGCUGAGAAGUUGCUCGCUCAAGCCCAGGAGAUGGGGGAACAGGAAAACAUUGACAAAUUCUCUAAGCGUCUGGUUAAAGUCACCAAACAGCACAAUGAUGAGUGCAAAAAGCUGUUGUCCCUGAUGGGAGUGCCCUAUAUUGAGGCUCCAUGUGAGGCUGAGGCCAGCUGUGCCGCUCUGGUCAAAGCAGGGAAGGUCUUCGCCACGGCGACGGAGGAUAUGGACGGGCUGACCUUUGGGACAAAUGUCCUGCUCAGACACAUCACUGCCAGUGAAGCAAAGAAGCUUCCUAUUCAGGAGUUUCACUUCAGUCGCAUCCUAGAGGACAUCAGCCUGACCAACGAACAGUUCAUAGACCUGUGCAUUCUGCUGGGCUGUGACUACUGUGGCACUAUCAAGGGAAUCGGCCCCAAGAGAGCCAUUGACCUGAUUCGUCAGCAUGGCUGCAUUGAAGAAAUCCUUGAAAACAUCGACACAAAUAAGCACCCCGCCCCAGAGGACUGGCUUUACAAAGAAGCCAGGAAUUUGUUUCUGCAGCCGGAGGUGGUGGAUUGCUCUUCGGUGGAGCUGAAGUGGAAUGAGCCCGAUGAGGAGGGACUGAUCCAGUUCAUGUGCAACGAGAAACAGUUCAGUGAGGAGAGGAUCCGAAAUGGCUGCAAAAAGAUCAUGAAGAGCCGACAGGGCAGCACACAGGGACGGCUGGAUUCUUUCUUUACCGUCACUGGGUCGCUGUCCUCCAAACGAAAGGAACCAGAGACAAAAGGAUCUGCAAAGAAAAAACUGAAAACCGGAGCCACACCAGGGAAAUUCAAAAAGGGCAAAUAAGCUAAAAAUGGGAUUCUAGAUCCAGUUGUGUUAGUAUUGUCAUGAAUACCAUGAAGACAGACUCUGACUCCAUAUGUACUGAUGGAAAUGGCGCAAAUACCUCUAAAAAACAUUUUGAGGACCAGUUCAACAGAACAAACCAUAACAAGUUUCAAGCUAGCUGUCUUUAAUUAAAUCGUGAACGUUUGUUUUAUCCGAGUGUGCUUGGAAUAAAAUUUGUUUUUCUGAGUUUUGAUGCUCUCUUAAGGUAAAUUGACAAAUAAAACUCACUUUCACGAUGUGAGAAGUCUUUAGUUGUAGGCAAAUAAUAGGUUCCACAUCAUUUAAAUUCUAAUUAAUAAAAAGAAAAAUCAAGCUGGUAAGUGUAUCUGCUGUAUUUGAUGGCUUUCAAAAAGACAGGGGUUUUGUGGAAGAAUUUACUCAGCCCUGCUCACCACCCAAGUUUUUGCAGGAUCGUACAUUGAGGACUUUUUCAGACUGAACAGCAGUUAUGUUUGAAAAUGUUUUAGAAAAAAAGAAAAACAAAAGCUUUUUUCUUUUAUGACCAAAUUUGAGCCACGUUGGGGGUCAAAUUGAUAUCAACUUAAAAGAGGAGUAAUACUGUCUCCAACUGGCUGAUUAGGACUGGAAUCCUGUGUGGCUGGUCGGUCUACAACAACUGUUUUCCAUACCUGGAUUCAAUGCAAAUACUCAAGAGAAAAGGCUCACUGUUCUAAGCUGAUGUUGUAGUGGGUAUUUCCCUUUUAAAAAUAUGCUGUUUGAGUCAUCCAUUGACGACAACAAGCAGGACUCAAAGCCAAGUCAGUGCUCAUGUUAAGGUUCUAAGACCUACAAAUAAGUUCAUAACCACUUAAAUGAGUCUCACCUUUAAUAUUUCGGGCUCUUUAAAACUUUUUAGGAAGAGUACAGUGCCCUUACAGCUUUUCGCUUUGGUUCCCCUUUUUUUUGUGUGUUUUUUUUGUACAGCUGGUUAAAGAAAGUAAAGAAUGAUGAAUGAUUGAAUGACAUACUUUUGGCUCUAACCGUAUUACAGCAUCCUUCUUUUUUUUACAGACUAAAGUUUC